UGGGAAGGUUCGACUCGGCGGGAGGGGACGAGCCGACUGGAAGGGGAGGGGGGCUGCCAAGAUGGCGUCCGCCGCCUCCGGGUCGUCGGCGGCCGGGUUUUCAUCCCCGGAUCCCGGGCUCCCUUCCGGUACCUCGACGUCAGCAGCUGUACCUGCAAUCAAGAAAUCCACAGUAUCCGAGGUGCCUUAUGUCGCCCCUGGCAUGCCUGUCAAAAAAAAAGGCCACAGAAGUGUUGAUUCCUCAGGAGAGACAACAUAUAAAAAGACAACUUCAUCAGCCUUGAAAGGUGCCAUUCAGUUAGGUAUUACCCAUACCGUGGGGAGCCUGAGUACCAAACCCGAGAGGGAUGUCCUCAUGCAAGACUUCUACGUGGUGGAGAGUAUCUUUUUUCCCAGUGAGGGGAGCAACUUGACCCCUGCCCAUCAUUACAAUGACUUUCGUUUCAAGACCUAUGCACCUGUUGCCUUCCGCUACUUUCGGGAGUUGUUUGGCAUCCGACCUGAUGAUUACUUGUACUCCCUGUGUAGUGAGCCGCUAAUUGAACUCUGCAACUCUGGAGCUAGUGGUUCCCUCUUCUACGUGUCCAGCGAUGACGAGUUCAUCAUUAAGACAGUCCAACAUAAAGAAGCAGAAUUUUUACAGAAGUUGCUUCCAGGAUACUACAUGAACCUCAACCAAAAUCCUCGAACUUUGUUGCCCAAAUUCUAUGGACUCUAUUGUGUGCAAGCAGGUGGUAAGAACAUACGGAUUGUGGUCAUGAAUAAUCUCUUACCGCGGUCAGUGAAAAUGCAUGUGAAGUAUGACCUCAAGGGAUCCACCUAUAAGCGACGGGCUUCUCAGAAGGAGCGAGAGAAGCUUCUCCCGACGUUUAAAGACCUGGACUUCCUACAAGACAUCCCGGAUGGUCUUUUUUUGGAUGCUGACAUGUACAAUGCUUUGUGUAAGACCUUGCAGCGAGACUGUUUGGUGCUUCAGAGCUUCAAGAUAAUGGACUAUAGCCUCUUGAUGUCAAUUCACAACAUGGAUCAUGCGCAACGAGAGCCUUUAAACAGUGAAACACAGUACUCAGUUGACACUCGCAGACCAGCUCCCCAAAAGGCUCUCUACUCCACAGCCAUGGAGUCCAUCCAGGGCGAGGCUCGGCGGGGCGGCACUAUGGAGACGGAGGACCAUAUGGGUGGCAUCCCUGCCCGGAAUAAUAAAGGUGAACGACUUCUGCUGUAUAUUGGCAUCAUUGAUAUUCUGCAGUCUUACAGGUUCGUUAAGAAGUUGGAGCACUCUUGGAAAGCACUGGUACAUGAUGGGGACACGGUCUCCGUGCAUCGUCCGGGUUUCUAUGCUGAGCGGUUCCAGCGCUUCAUGUGCAACACGGUGUUCAAGAAGAUCCCCCUGAAGCCCUCUCCUUCCAAAAAGUUUCGGUCUGGCUCAUCUUUCUCUCGACGAUCAGGCCCCAGCAGCAACUCCUGCAUUGCUUACCAGCCAUCCGUCUCUGGGGAACACAAGGCACAAGUGACUACAAAGGCGGAAGUGGAGCCAGACUUACAUCCUGGCCGACCUGAUGUUUUGCCUCAGACUCCACCUUUGGAGAUCAGUGAGGGCUCGCCUGUUCCUGGCCCCAGUUUCUCACCUGUAGUUGGAGAGCCUUUGCAAAUGCUAAAUCGUGAGCAGCAAACUUCAGAAGACCCGAAACAUGAGUCUACUGUCUCUGUGAUCCCAAGAUGUCAGCCCUUGUCCCAGGAAUGCUGAGUUUUCUUCUUGGUCUUCAAAAAGGAGUUUAAUUUGGAGGCUAGCAGAGCUCUCCAUCACCACCUUCUCCUCCCCCUUCCCUGAACAGGCAAUCGUGCCUUUGACAGUUGAGGACAGCAGCAUCCCCACCACUACAGAGUUGGGUGUUG